GUGGUGUAGUUAAACCAGGCCAAACUCCCCACCACACAAAUCAUUUGUUGUUACCAUUCUCCACACUUUGCCGUCUAUAUAAACUUUCCUCAAGUCUCCAUCUUCAUCCACCAAAGUUCACUUGGAACUGUUUAAAUCAUCUGCUACAACAAUGGCUCAUCUCUCCCUUUACCUUCUCUUCGUCGUUGUCUUAUCAUCAAUCAGCAGCCAUGCAAAUCAAGCGGAGGCUCACCGUCUUUUGGACGUACCUGUGCCGGAUCUGCCAAAGCCUGAUCUCCCCAUUGGCCUCCCAAAACCCGAGCUACCGGCAUUACCAGAGCCUGGACUUCCCACGUUACCUAUGCCCAAUCUUCCACUGCCAGAACUUCCAAAACCUCAGCUGCCAACUUUGCCCAAACCGGAGUUGCCAGUACCUGUGCCAGAGCUUCCCAAACCAAAGCUACCAGAGUUGCCAGUACCGUUGCCCCCUCUGCCAAGCCCCUAAGUAUGAAGGUUCCCUCAAUGAAGGAAAGUGUACUACAUGCUAUCCAGAAAUAACUCAUUUGUAUGAUUGUUAUUGUUGUAUAUUUUGUGAAUGCUAUGUAAUGAUUUUCUAUUAUUUGCUUUGUCUGCUUUACUUCUGUAUCAUAUUUUUUAAAAUAUUUGGUAUGCGUUACUUGAGCCAAGGCCUUUCCAAAGCAACCUCUCUACCUUUACGAGGCAGGGGUAAGGUCUCCGUACGCUCUACCUCUCUAGACCCAUCUGUGAGAUUACACUGGAUAUGUUAUUGUUAUUGUAUCUCAUCAUUUUAAUGUUAUUAAAAUUUUGUUUGUAA